AUGUUAAAAUCCCUUUACAGAAACUGCAAUAAUUCUGCCCUUAGUGUACAUGAUCGCCGAAAAACACGUGCGGCUGAUCAUGGAGGUGGUGGUGACAUCGUUCUUGAUUUUAUUCAUCUGAAGGAUUUAACAUUGUCCAUGCACAUGCCAAAGUUUCUGGAUCAGUAUCGGUUCCCUCCACACCUUGCACACAUAUGGCUUAUAGGUUGCCGCAUGGAGGAGGAUCCAAUACCGAUUCUUGAAAAGUUGCUUCACCUGAAGUCGGUUUAUUUUUCGUCUGGUGCUUUCGUUGGGAAGAGAAUGGUGUGCUCAAGAGGUGGCUUUCCUCAGCUACGUGCUCUGAAGAUGUCUUAUCAGAAAGAAAUGGAAGAGUGGUGUGUAGAAGAAGGGUCCAUGCCAUGUCUUGGUACUUUGAGUAUAGAUAACUGCAAAAAGUUGAAGGAACUUCCUGAUGGGCUCAUGUCUAUAACAUCGUUAAAGGAACUGAAGAUAGAGCGAAUGAAGAGGGAGUGGUGGGAGAGAUUGAUACCAAGUGGAGAAGAUUACUGCAAAGUCCAACAUAUACCCAGUGUUCAGUUUAUCAACUGUGACGGCCACUAA